UUGCAUUUCCCUCAAAAGGCGUUCUUCCGCAGCCAGAACUCUCUACCAGUUUCAGCUGUUCUACACACCACUCGUCAAAUCGCAAAUAAUACUCCACCUAAUCUUCAGGCAAGCCGACUGAUUGCCCUUCACAUGUCUACUCGACAGACGAUCCGCGAUUCAAGCCAAAAUAGUAUUAGCAAGGGUAGUACUAUUAACAUGAAUGAAAACAAUAAUAUCCAAAAUCCACUGGAAAAGGAAGCCAAUGCGAAUUCGCUCACUGUUGAUAACGGCUUGAGCACUGAUGUGCUAGGCAAGAUCUAUCCCUCUCAUGACCCUACAGGGAGUCAAUUGACAGUCUCUCUCCCAGUUGCUGACGAGAAUGGCGUUAAGGAUACCCGAGAAGCAAUGGUUACAAGACCAGUUCGCCUUUCAAUCAACUAUGUACCUCUCACUCGACCCUUCUAUCCUGCGGUGACUAGGUAUCCAAAGUUCAUCGUCGAUUUUCAAAUGCGCGAGCGAGAACGUAUUCGAGCUGAAGAAAAAGAAUAUCUCAAACAACGGUUUGUUUAUACCUGUAAUCUAAUACUCGGAGGAAAGGAAAAUGUCAGAAUAUGUGGGUUAUUUGGCUAG